GAAACAUAAAGAAUGAAGCGCCUUGCAGCCAUGGCAGCACAAGUGCUGUGGUUUCUCCUUACUCCUACCGUAGCAUUUUCCUAUCUAAUUCCACUGCCGCCAUUGGUGGCAGCAGCCUCCGGUUCCAACAUAGCGCCACCACCACCGGUGGUAGCAGCUCCAAGGCCGGGCUGCCCUAGCAUGUGCGGCAAUGUAACCAUUCCCUACCCAUUCGGCAUCGGGGUCGAAUGUGCCUGGGGCUCGGACAACUUCGACUUCGCCAUCACUUGCAACCAUAGCUUUAACCCUCCAAUACCAUACAAAGACGACUUCGAGGUCAUCAACAUCUUGUUGGAGGCCGGCGAGAUUCGUGUCGUCUCCCCCGUGUCCUACAUCUGCUACAAUUCAUCCAACACCACUGAAUCCAACGGAGUCAUCGUCUGGUCACUCGACUUCGCCUCAAAAUUUCUUAUCUCGCCGAAGCGCAACGUCUUUACAGGCAUCGGCUGCAGCACGUUGGCGUUACUAGCUGGCAGGGAGGACCUGAGCUACUACACCGGCUGCUACACCUCCUGCAUGAGCUUGCAUUUGGCGGCUCAAGACGGCGAGGAGUGCACGGGCCUUGGCUGCUGCCAGAGUUCCAUCCCGGCCAACCUCUCCACGAUACACAUCUUCUGGGGGAACGACGACAACUAUACGCCUACAAAUAAUGCAUGGGGAUACAGCCCCUGUAACUACGCUUUCAUCGGGGAGAAAGGCAGGUACAACUUCACACGGAGAGACCUCACACGUCUUGCAAACAAGACCUCUUCUGAUCAUAUUGGAGACAGAACAAUCCCUAUGGUGCUUGAUUGGGCCAUCAGGGAUGGCGGGUCUUGCCAGGCACCAACAAAGGAUGCUGGGGCGUCGGCUAAACAGACAGCUCCUGCUUGCAUUAGUAGAAACAGCUUAUGUGUCAAUGUUACACAUGGAUCUGGGUACCUGUGCCAAUGCUCUAAAGGCUACACGGGCAACCCCUACGUCACCGAUAACUGCACAAACAUUAAUGAGUGCGAACUUCGAAAAUACCAUUGUGGCAGUAAUAGCAAAUGUCAUGACACACAGGGCGAUUACGAGUGCAAAUGCAAAUUUGGAUACAAAGGAGAUGGUAAAAGUGAGAAAGGAUGCCAGCCCAUAUUUCCAGGAUACGCAACAGCUAUAUUAGUUGCAUUGGUCUCCCUCACUAUUCUGGUAAUCCUACCAUAUCUCCUGUUAAAGGAGCACAAACGACGUAUUCGGAGAGGGUACUUUGACAAAAAUGGUGGUAAAAUCCUAAGCGGUGCGAACAUCGUCAUCUUCUCGGAAGCUAAGUUGAGUAAGUUCACAAACAACUUCUCGGAAGAAAUUGGAAGAGGUGCCUUUGGCAUGGUCUUCAAAGGUAUUAACGAUGACAACCAGCCAGUCGCGGUUAAACGACCCAUAGUAGAAGGAGAGAAACCCCAGCAAGGGGGUGAAUUCGUCGGCGAGAUCAUCUUCCAAUUCCACAUCAGGCACCCCAACAUUGUGCCCCUCGUUGGGUGUUGCCUGGAGACGAGCAUCCCCAUGCUGGUAUUCGAGUUCAUCCCCAACGGAAGCCUCUCCGACAUGCUCCACGGUGCCGGCAAGCCACGCUCUCUUUCUUUGCAGAAGCGACUUGACAUUGCCAUUGGCUCUGCAGAGGCUCUCACCUACAUGCACUCACAAGCCGGACAGAACAACCGCAUCCACGGGGACGUGAAGUCUGGAAACAUCCUGCUCGACGACGACCUCAACCCCAAGGUCUCGGACUUUGGGUCGUCCAAGCUCGUGUCCAAUGCUAGCAAAUGGUCUGUGUCAGGGGACAGGAGCUACAUUGACCCGGUGUACCUCAUCACUGGUUCUUUCACGGAGAAGAGCGACGUGUACAGCUUCGGCGUGGUACUCCUGGAGCUCAUCACCAGAAAGAAGGCCAAGUAUGACGGGAGCAACAGCCUCCCCAUGAACUUCGUAAAGACUUGCAAGAAGGAGGGCAACGGAAGGAAGAUGUAUGACAGAGACAUCUUCUCUGGUGAGGAUGCUCAGUCUCAACGUUCCAUUGAGUGCCUCGACAGGGUAGGCGCGUUGGCUGUCCGAUGUCUCAAGGAAGAUGUGGAGGAGAGACCAACCAUGGCAGAGGUGGUGGAGGAGCUUAAACAAGUGAAGUUAAUAGCCUUCGGAAACUCAGGCUCAGAGGCGAGUUGAAAUCAGGAGAAGGAAGCAAAUUAAGCAU